AUGGCGCGGUCAGGUCUCCAGAAGGAAGUCUUCCGCCUGUACAGGCAAGGCGUGCGCAACGCCAUGUCCAAGCCGAGGGACGUCCGUAACGAGUUCCUCGUGCACUUGAGGUACAACUUCCACCACCCGCCUCUCACAGCCCGCGACUAUACUGCCAUUGAGCACCAGCUGCGCAAGUUCUCACGAACUCUUGACAUGCUGGAGUCGCCGUCCGUGUUGCGUAUACACGUCAGCGACGACAUGCGAGACUGGUGGAGCAACGAGGUCGCGCGUGCCCAUGCGCGUGCUGAGAAGGCGGCCCUUAAGAAGGAGCUCGGCGAAGGCAGCUAG